CAUCCACAAUAGCUUUCCUUACCUUAUUAAAUGCUCUUGUACAAAAGAAAGGGAUGUGAGCAAUAAAGGUCGUAGGUAUUGAAUUAAAGAUCUCUUAAAAGAUUCUAAGCCUGUAUGAUAUUAAGGAUGAGGAUAUUGAUAGUGUUUUUAAUCAUUCCCAGCCUUUGCUCUUUAUAAUUUUGAUGAAUAACAGUUUGUUAUCUGUUUUCUCAGGAAACCUCUCUUUACAAAUAUCAUGUGGAUGAACUUAUUCAGGCAAGCAAACCGUGAGAUUACUAGGAUGGAUAUAUUUCUCUCUCUUGUUCAACUUCUACAAGGUACAACAAUGGGCGGCAUCAGUUCUGGUGGUCAGCCGACUGGUGCUCCUGAUGGUGGAGUUCCAGUAUUUUCCAACUAUCAGAAAUCUCCCAUGCCACUCCCAAUCAGCUUAGCAGACAGAAUUAUUGUGAGUAGGCGACUCAUGAGCAUCUACAAUGACUGGUUGUUAAAGAGAACCAGAAGCUUCACAAAGGCUCCAGGGAAAUUGAAGCUGAUGAAUCUUCUACUUUGGCUGACACGAAUAUCUUUCCCGGAGAUGUCCUCUGGGUCACAGACACAAAGAUCUAUGAAAAUCGUGAUAUAGCUGGUAAUUAAGCAUCACUACACUAUCCAACCUACACAGGCACUGUUGGUUCUGAAAGGCUCGCUGAGGUCGUUUCUCCCUUGAGAUGUGAAACUGCCAAAAGAGAGAUCAAGAAAGCGUCUAUUGUGAAACAACAGAAAACAGAUAAUGCACCAGCAGUAGAUCAGCUGAUUAAAGAAGAGGAGAGAGAAACUGGAGAUACAGGUCUGAAGCCAUACUUACAAUAUCUGAAUCAGAGCAAGGG